AUGGAAACCAUUUUUCUUGUCAUUUUUAUAUUAUUAUUCAUGUUCUUUCAAACAUAUGCCGCAAGCAGCAAUGACACCAUGAUCAUAGCUUCCUCAAACAUUACAUGUAUCCAAAAAGAGCGGCAAACACUGCUCUUAAUCAGACAAGGCAUCACUGACCAAUCAAAUCGGCUGUCAACAUGGACCGGAUUAGAAUGUUGUGAGUGGCAGGGAGUUGUGUGUGACGAGAAAACCGGUCAGGUUGUUGAACUUGGUCUCUCUGGUAAUGGUAUCACGUCCACCAUUCCUGUCUGGUUAUCAAACCUUACUGGCCUCAUGCAUCUAUACCUUAACAAUAACAAUUUCCAUGGCCGAAUACCUGAUUCUAUUGGAACGUUGAGCUCUCUUUCUUCCAUGGACCUUUCAUAUAAUCAAUUAUCUGGUCCAAUACCUUCCUCAUUUGGUGGCCUAUCAACCCUAAAAGUGCUCUCUCUUUCCUACAAUCAAUUGAGUGGGAGCAUACCCAAAACCAUUGGACUACUCACGAAGCUAGAAAGACUCUCUCUUUGGAAUAAUCAAUUGAGCGGAAACAUUCCCACUAGUCUUGGUCAUCUUGCAAACCUCCGAUUCCUUUAUCUUCGUAGUAAUCGAUUGAGCGGGGUUGUUUCUGAAAUUCACUUCACCAAACUCAAAAAUCUAACUUGGUUGUCCUUGUCUGAAAAUUCAUUGAUAAGGUUGAAUGUGAGCCCUUAUUGGAUUCCUCCCUUCCAAUUGACGUCUUUUUAUGCAAGUUCCUGCAACAUCGGACCUCGAUUCCCAAGUUGGUUUCAAACCCAAACAAAUCUUCGAUAUUUAUAUCUUAGAAAUUCGAGUAUUAAGGAUACAAUACCAGAGUGGUUUGAGAACAUCUCAUCUCAUCUUUGGUGGUUGGAUUUGUUUGACAACCAGAUCUGUGGAAAUUUGCCACGUAUACAUAUCAACAACACAGUUUUAAUCAAACUAAUAAUUGCUCAAUCCAAACCAGGUCUCGAAAUUUUCAAUCUUGGGAAAAAUAGUUUCAGUGGAAGCGUUCCGUCACACUUAUGCAAGCUGCUUAGUAUACGAAUACUUGAUUUAUCCAAUAAUAACUUGUCUGGAUUUCUUCCCAAAUGCUUAGGGAACUUGAUUCAAUUGUUGGUGAUGGAUCUUACAAAUAACACUAUAAUGGGAUAUGUCCCGAAUUCAUUAGGUUCUCUAUCAUAUUUCCAGUCAUUGCACUUGAACAACAAUAAAUUUGAGGGAAAUCUCCCGGUGGCUUUACAAAACUUGACAAGCUUAGUGACUUUUGAUUUAGGGAACAAUUUGUUAACAGGUAAUAUCCCUUCUUGGAUAGGAAAAAGGCUAUCAAAGCUUAGAAUCUUGAAUCUCCAGUCAAAUAAGUUCAUGGGUGAGAUUCCACGAGAACUUUGUCAAAUCAACGAUCUUCAACAUUUAAACCUGGCAAAUAAUAGCUUAACCGGAAAUAUUCCUCAUUGCUUUUGCUAUUUAACUGGUAUGAUGAGGAGUGAAUUCAACUUCACAUAUGACAAUUAUGGAUAUACAGAAAAUAUUGAGGGUUACAUAAAGGGCAUUGAAUUGAAGUACACGAAGACAAUUAAGUUUUUUGUAUCCUUAGAUCUCUCAAGCAACAAAAUCAAUGGUGAAAUUCCUGAUGUUUUGAUGAACCUUAUAUCAUUGACCAAUUUGAAUCUUUCUCGAAACCUAUUAAGCGGGCACAUUCCGGAAAGAAUUGGAAAUUUAAAGGCAUUGGAAUCUUUAGAUUUGUCGACAAACAAGUUGUCAGGUCGAAUUCCUCCAAGUUUAGCUAGCUUGAACUAUUUAAGUUACGUGAACCUGUCAUUCAAUAAACUAUUUGGUCCAAUACCAGUUGGAAAUCAGUUCAAUACUUUUAAUGAUCCUACAAUGUAUGAAGGGAACAACGGACUAUGUGGAAAACCACUGCCGAGGAAUUGCAAAGGAAGCAAUACUCAUGUUGGUGAUGGUAAAAGUAAAGAUAGUUCACAUGGUUUGUCAUGGUUUUAUACCGGCAUGGUCUCGGGUUUUGUUAUUGGAUUUAUGGGACUUAUUGGUAGCUUGCACUUCAUUAGGAUUUGGAGGAUAACUUAUUUUGAAACGAUAGAGAAUGUUUGCAGUUGGCUAACUGUUUUAAUUCUAGUAACCCAUGCUCGACUUAAGAGGAAGUCUUUCUGA